GGAAAGGGGAGGAGAACUGUGGGAAUGGACUCUCAACACCAGAGAUUCAGGUGAUUAGUCCUUUUUUCAUGUUUUGGCAAAAGACAACGAAGCAGAUAUGGACACCGUUGGUUUGAUCCGGACGGGUCCUCUCCUCAUUUUCUCCAUUUUUGUGUGUGUCAUUACUGGAAGUCCUCUAGGUACUUCAGUCAUAGAUUGUGGUCAGGAUACCAAUAAAGUUGUGGGUACAGUGGAUGAAGGAUAUACAGGAGAUGUGGAGCUGGUGACUGGGAUAACAGCAGGAAACAAUGUGAAGCUGGUGCCCAAAAUCUUUGAAGGUCAUCUGGAGUUUCUGGAGCUGAGCUUCACGCUGGGAGACACCAGCGCUACUGUUCGCACCAAGAAGCCGCUGGACGCAGACCAACUGGCAGCCAGUGCCUCCGUUUUGUAUUAUUCUGUCAUGUGUGACGGUCCAGUUAAGUACAACAACUCGCGCACAGUGAAAAUCAACGAUCUCAAUGACCACAGUCCGGUCUUUGAGAAGAAGACGUACACCACCAACGUCUCUGAGAUUCAUGACGUGGGCAGCAUGGUUAUACAAGUUACGGCUAAAGAUGGAGACAGCACCACAGCGAACAACUUAGUGACAUAUUCCUAUGCACCAACCUCAGAGGACUUUAACUUGUUAAGCUCAGGGGCUUUUACUUUGAAGAGACGUUUAAACUACAAUUUAGUCCAGAACUACAACUUCAUUGUGACAGCCCGGGAUAACUUUGGGUUAAACGACACGGCCACUGUGACGAUUAACGUGGAAGACUUUGAUAACUUGAAUCCCUUCUUCAGCCACAACAUCUACCAGGCCUUUAUUCCAGAGAAUCAGGUUGGGUUUUUCCGGACCAUUGAGCCGGCGGCGAUAAAAGCUGAGGACGGAGACAGUGGGAUAAACAUUUCUUUAACUUACAGCAUCAGCACAGUGUCUCCAGAGAAGUAUCAGAGUCACUUCAACAUCGACUCCAGCAGUGGGGUUGUGUCUGUGCAGACUCUCUUAGACAGAGAAGAGCUGAGCGUCAGCGUGAUCACCAUCAGCAUCAAGGCGGCCCAGACAGACGACAAUUUGAAGACGGCUUUUGCUUCGGUGUCCGUCAGUGUGGAGGAUGUGAAUGACAAUCCUCCAAAGUUUAACAAGACAGCCUACUCUGUAACUCUCCUGGAAAACUCUCCUGUGGAUGCUGUUCUGUUCAAAUCCGUCGUCACUGACCUGGACCAGGGAGGAUUUGUGGGAACAUUCCGAAUCAUUCCGGAUUCUGCUCCUUUCUCUGUCGGUGGUGAUGGGACGAUCAGAGUGAAGAACUCCACAGCUCUGGACAGAGAGACCACUGAAAGAUUCACAUUUCAGAUCGAAGCGAAGGAGACGAAUCCCCCAUUCCAGGCUGUAACGGUGCCAGUCAGCGUAACUCUACUGGACAAGAACGACAACAGUCCUGUGUUCACCAGUAACAUGUACGAAGGAAAGGUGUAUGCAAAUCAAACAGCGGGGAUGGGGCUGGUCCAGGUUAAGGCAGAAGAUCCAGAUGCCGACAAGAACGGGCAGAUCAAAUACUCGAUUGAAUUUGGGAACGACGCCGACUACUUCUCAAUCGAUGAAAACAGUGGAAACAUCGCACUGGCUAAAACCAUUCCCCUGGAGGAAAACGUGGUAUUGGAGUUCCCUCUCUUCAUAACAGCCAGAGACGGCGGCACGAUAUCACGCUCCUCCUCAGCACAGGUGAACAUUCGUGCUCCAGGUGACUCGAAACCUCAGUUUUUACAAAAACUGUUCCGUGGCACCGUAGCAGAAGAGCAGGAGCCAGGAGUCGUUAUUCUUACAGUUAACUUCCUGGCUUUAUCUGCUGAGAAUCCUCCGACUCUCACGGUUGUCACAGAAGACGACAAGUUUGCCAUCUCCAACAGAGGAGAAUUCUCCACUAAAGUGAAGCUAGACUACGACGAGGCUCCACACAACUACUCUGUGUCGAUCUCCAUCUCUGACGGAGCUCACAGUGACAUGGCAGUGGUGGAGGUUCAAGUCGACGACAUCAACGAUAACGGUCCUGUUUUCACUGCGAGUUCUGUCACAAAAUCAGUCCCAGAGGACGCAGAGCUAGGAUCCAACGUGACUGCUGUUCCGGCUACAGACAAAGACAGCAGCUUCAACAAGGAGAUCAGAUACUCCCUGAGAGGAGGAGAGGGGAGGUUCUCUGUGGACGCUGUGUCUGGGAUGGUGAGUGUGGCAGGGGCACUGGACCGGGAGACUAAGGCUGAGUAUGGGCUGCUGGUGGUGGCUGAAGAUCAGGGUCGCCCAGCUCGGUCCGCUACAGCCUCCCUGCUGAUCCAAGUGUCCGACGUCAACGAUCACAUCCCAAAGUUCUCCCAGGCUGAGUAUCAGGCUGAAGUCCUGGAAACAGAGUCAGCGGAUUCAACCCUGCUAACCUUAUCAGCUUCAGACCCGGAUGAAGGAUCAAAUGGGAGAGUUACGUACAGUAUUUUCCAGCAGAGUCCUUCUUCAGACCUUCCUGUGUUUGAGUUGGACUCUUCCUCCGGGACUCUGCGGCUGGCUCAGCCUCUGGAUUACAGCAAAGUGAAGGUGUAUAGGCUCCUGGUUCAGGCCUCUGAUGGCGGGACUCCCCCUCUGGUGGGGAACAGCUCUGUGGUGGUGAUGGUGAAGGACGUGAACAACAACCCGCCUCAGUUCAGUCAGGACAAAUACGAUGUUGCGGUGUCCGAGAACCUGGCUGGUGGUUCGUCCAUCCUGAACCUGGAGGUCACUGACAGAGAUGAGGGCGGGUUCUCUGAGGGUUUCUUCAUCUAUAACAACGACACCUUCCACAUCAACAAACAGGGUGUGGUCUCACUGAGGAAGGACGUCACUUUGGACAGAGAGAAAAAGGACAGCUACAUGUUACAGGUGGAGGCGGUGGAUCAGCUGGCAGACGGGCUCAGAUCCUCGGCUCAGCUCAACAUCUCCGUCCUCGACUACAACGACAACACCCCGCAGUUCCCGAGCAUCCCGGACCCGCUGCAGAUCCCUGAGGGCGACUACUCCGAGGAACAUCCAGGAGAACUUCUCAUCAUCGUGCCCACAGACGCCGACCUCGGCCCCAACGCAGAGGUCACCAUCUCCCUCCCCUCCCCUCACCCCCUGUUCAGAUUCAGAGAGGACGGGAUGCUGCUGGCUGUCGGCCCUCUGGAUCGGGAGAGCAGGGCGACGUAUGAGCUGGUAGUAAAGACCUCUGAUAAAGGCAGCCCACAGAGGGAGAACAUCACCACCAUCAGAGUGAGUCUCGUGGACGUCAACGACAACAGACCCGAGUUCAGCUCCAGGGGCUACGAAUGCAGCGUGCUGCUCAAAGAUGCCAAGGAGGGCAAACUGCUGCUGACGCUGUCUGCCUCCGACAAAGACGCCGGGAACAACUCGCUCCUCAGAUACAGUUUCUCCGAGGGAAGUUCUCCAUAUCUGGCACUGAACAGUGAAACCGGGGCCGUGACCUUGACCUCUGACCUUGCCGAUGUAACAGAGGACACCACGCUGUUACUGACGGCCGCGGCUACAGACCACGGCCGACCCCCGCUGAACUCCACCGCUGCUGUGGUGGUGAACCUGAGGGUCGCCAACCUGGUGGCUGGCGUGGCCUUCCAUAGCUCCUUCUACAACUUCAGCUUCCCUGAGAAACAGCCGGCGGGGGGGAAGGUGGGGAGGGUCUCCGCCUCCUCGGGUACUCCGAUUUACGACGUCACUUACACGCUGAAGACACACACCGACCUGUUCUCCGUGGACGCUAGUGGAGCCAUCCUGAGCAAAACACAACUGGACCGAGAGGAGCAGGAGUGGUACAUCCUGGAAGUGGAGGCAGUGGACACACGCUCCCCCCCUACAUCUGCCAUUGCAAUGGUCAGAGUGGAGGUGGAGGAUGUGAGCGAGGCUCCACAGUUCUCCUCUGAGGUUUAUAAAGCCUCUGUGUUCAGCAUCGCCCCGUAUAAAACCUCAGUCACCGAAGUCAAGGCGACGGACCCCGAUGCGGGGGAGCAGGCUCUGCUGGUCUACAGUCUGUCGGCGGACAGUCUGUUCUUCGACGUGGAUCCGUCCUCCGGCCUGCUGUACGUCAUCUCAGUGGAGAGUCUCUCCGGACUGAAAACCGUGGAGGUGAAGCCACCGACCCCCGGGGGCUGCAGGCCACAGCCAGGGUGGAGGUGGAGGUGCGGGGCGGUGCGGGCAGCGGAGACGUGGUCGUCAUCUCCGUCAACCAGCCGGUCAACAUGGUGGAGAAGAAGGUCCCGCAGCUGGAGCAGUCUCUGGGGGCGGCUCUGGACUUCACUGUGAAAAUCCUGGAGGUGUGGAGCUCUAACGGAGGAUCGUCCAGAGCAGCGAGAGCCGCCACCGCCCGGACUCUGAUCAGCUUCCUCUCUGAAGACAGAGGGAAGGUGGUUCCCGCCGAGGACGUGACGCAGAAGCUGCAGAGCAAGGCGGCGGCUGUGAGGGCGGAGCUGGUCAAAGUGUUCGGGGACGGGGUCCACUUCGACGUGGAGAUAAAUCCUGAAGGCCCCGCCUCCAACCAGGCUGUGCUCAUCGCUCUGGGCGUCCUGCUGGCGCUGAGCAUGCUGGGAUUGAUCGUUUCUGUGGCCCUGAUCAUCAG